AUGGAAGUCCAAGACCAACUGAAGAGCGACUGGAGCCGGUAUUUUUGCAAUCAGUCACCAAUGGAGAUCGAUACAAGUGCAAACUACUGUCUUCUCUGCAGUGAUCUGAGAAGCAACUCUGUAAAGCUGGAGAGCAGUUCAGAUCCAUACAGCAGCACCUGGACCGACACUGAGCCAGCAAGGUUUAAGAGUUGCAACAGUCGGUCGUUUGCCAUGGAUGCAAGGAUAAGACUAGACCAUUUGAAGUCAGGGUGUAAGUCCCCCUCACCUUGCUGUGCCAUGGAUGGGCCAUUGUACAACUAUAACUGUCAAAAAGACAUCUUGGACACUGAGCCAAAAGAAGAAGAGUCUGCUCUGGACUUGGUAGAGCUCCUUGAUGUAGACGAUGAUGAGCAGGAUGAAGAGAGCUGGUUAUAUGAGUCUCCAAAGAAGCAGGUGACUGUGGAGAAAACAGAGUCUGCUCUCACAUGGUGUCGACAUGUCCUAGACAACCCCAGUCCUGAGAUGGAGGCAGCAUGUCGUCUGCUGAUAAAUAGGCUUGAUGAAAGAUCAAGCAGUCACUUCUACAGACGUCCUGCAGUUUUUCAUCAUACUGACACUGUUUGCUCUUUUAUGGACAAAUCAUCUGUCAACACGACACGGCACACCUCUGACAGUUUAGAUAACAGUGAUCUGAGCAACUCCCAUGACUCCAUCAACACAAACUACAGACUGGAUGACAUCACAGAUGUCCACAUUAUGGCUCGUAUACAGGAGGCCAGUUUACGACAAGACUAUGUUUCUACGCCUGCUGCUGCUUCACCUUGGAGAAGCCCUGAGUCACCAGCGAUGCUUCCGUGUUAUUUUAACACCACAUUAGAAAAUGUUGAUGACUUCACUCCAGGAAAUAAAACUGAGGUUUCAUCUUCCUCUCGCUGGCAGCCUGCUCGGUUGUCACUGAGCUCUUCCUCUUCCUCACCAACAUCAGCUGCUGAGCAGAACUGCCAAAGCCCAAACCUGGCCAGACUUCACCAGCAAGUCACCCAGUUCAAGCUGCUUAAACUCGCUCAGAAUCAAGGCAGGACCAGGUCGCCUGCACGGACCAGCCUCCGCUCCCUCCAGGCUGUUAGGAACAGCCGAAGUUUAGACACAGACAGCUGCCACCCUGCUGAUGAAAUAGUUCAUCCUCCAUCAGGUGUAUCAUCUACCAGAAUGGGGUCAAGUCACUGGUCUCCAUCACUUUCUGCAGCAUCCAUGAACUCCAGUGUUUUGUUGCAAUCGGUGAGAGACUCCUCAGUCCGGGUCCCAGCCAUGAAGAGACUGCAGAGGUCUCAGUCUCUCAGCCCCUGCAGGAUUCCUCACCCUGCUAAAGGAUACCUGUCUGUACAUGGACGUGUUUUUGCCUCACCUGAGAGGUCGACCGUUGUAGCUUGGGCCAGAAAUGCACCAUCCACUUAACGGUGAAAGAAGUCAACAGUGAAUCCCUGAGACGUAUUAUGAUGAAGUAUAAUUAAAACAUAAAGAAGUCCAUGUAAUAUUUUGUAAUAAUUGUAUGGUUGUUGAGUCUGCAUAAUCAUAUACAUAUCUUUACACUGUGAAGGAAUUAGAGUCUGCAUUACAAUCUUUUAUUUCAUGGCAUGUUGCUUUUGGGGGAAGAUAUUGUAUAUACGACAUUUGUGUGAACUUUUCAUGCCAGAGUGUGAAGCUGAAAGUGUUGCAUCCUGGAGGGGUGGAUUUUAUAUAACUAAGACCUCUGUUGUGUUGUCUGAACAAAAACCUAAAUAAUGUGAACUAUUAUAAGAGUGUGAAGUCAGAAGAAUGUAGAAAUGUCAGCAACCUUGUUCUGCUGAUAAACUGACCCGUCUGAGAUGCCCUUGAAUCAAUGACAGUGAAGACUAACGUUCCUUUCUGUGCUGCAGGACUCAGUACUGUAUGUUCUGUACUAUCAGUCAUUUUUCGAGCAUGCUGCACUCAAGCUCAAAUAAUUCUUAGGACGGAUCAUAUAAUGCGUCAACAGACGUAGUAGCACAAUGUGAUGAAUUGAAAGUUUAUCAGUGUAGGUCACAAACUGAUUUGCUUAGAUGUUGAUUUGAAUGUGGAAGUGCAGUUAUACUUUGCUUUAGAUUGCAGAAUGGGCUGUUUUCUGCAGAGCUGUUGCAACAGGAAGUGGGCCGCUUGCUGUCACGUAAGAGACACUAAACAGGUAACCUAUGCAUAAUAGGAAACUAGCUUGUUGCCAGGAAACAGAGGUACAGCUUCUUCUGAAUAUGUACUCAGUGUCAUUCACUUCUUCAGUGGAGGCUACAAUUUGUUGAUAAUUUGUGCUGAAAACAUGAUGUGGUUCAACACAACCAAUGGAUUUUCAGUUCAACUGUUUUCCAGAUCUUUUUUAAAAUUCAAAACUACCUGAAUCCUUCCAGAAGAGCAUUUUUAGCACUUGACAUUGAAUGAAGUGACUAUUAAAUGGGAAAUGCCUUUAGAUCUUUGUAUACAGCACAGGUUUAGUACAUGGUAUAAUUUGUCUCAGGGAAGCUACAUUUCUCUCAUGUUGCUACAUGUCAUGUAAGGUCCAAUACCGUGUUUACAUUGCUGUGGUUUUCAGCCUUUUCAGUCUUUUAUUCAUAGCAAAUCUAUCAGUCUGUUCAGUCUCUUUGAUACCUUGUCAUCUUUUUGUGCCUGAGUGGGAUCCAAUGAGCCGUACAUAGUGAACAAAUAAAGUGCUUAAGGAAUGACCUCUAUGUUCAAAUGUUUAUCAUAAUGAACUGGUGAAGAAAUGAGUGGAUUAAAGUAGCUGAGAUGACACAUUUGACGAAGAGGUUUUGCUCUUGUGUUUGCACUUUUGGGAGCCUGCUUAUUACCCUUCAUUACACAAAAAUAUCAAAAUGAAGUCAGUCGGUCCAAAAUAAUUUGAAACCGAGACAUUUCAUAGUGUGUAUACUGG